UGGCCACCACCGAUGGUGCUUCCAAGGUGUGGCCACAGGUUCUUCAAAUUCAGAAUCCCAACACCUCUUUUACGUGAUCUUUUCAAUCUCUGAAAAUUUGACUAUUCUCCUCCAUAACCCAUCUUUUUCGAGUUAUUAGUCUCAUUGGUUGACACGAAAGAUAUUCCCUUUCCCUUCCGUUCCACCCUCUAGUAACAGUUUUGCUACUGUUGAUUUCUUCUUUGAGAAACUCCCCAAAAAUCUUCCCCACAUACCCACCUUGGAACAAUCUAUCAAAUAUCCUUUUCUUCAUCAAUCAUCAUCCAGAUGAUUGCCAAGGACUACAAGUUCUCCCGUUCUGUUGUGGAAAUGGCUUGGAUUAUGCUCAGCGUGGAUUACUAUAGGCCUUUCUGGUUAUUAUUUGGAGUUUUUUCCUACGAAAAUCAUGGGUGGAAGCCUCGGAUUUUCUAGCACCUCUCAGAUUCUGCCUUCCAUAAUAAUAUUCUACAUUUUUUCCUAGAUUCUAUAGUGAUUAAUAUUGAUUAUCUAGAGGCACUUUAUAGUAGAAGCUUGAAUUUUCAGCCGGAGAGGGUUGGUGGGUUCUUCAUUUCUCAGACAUGCACAAGACCCGUUUGGUAGGAUGUAUUGAUGGAGCCAAAUCGCAGCUCGGAUACGUUGAAAUCGACCCAUCUGGCCGCUAUGGACGUUUUAGAGAGAUUCUUGGCAAAGGAGCCAUGAAGACGGUUUAUAAGGCUUUUGAUGAGGUCCAUGGAAUGGAGGUGGCAUGGAAUCAGGUGAAGGUUAAUGAUGUCUUCAACUCACCAGAGGAGUUGCAGCGGCUUUACUCCGAGGUUCACCUCCUCAAGAGCCUUAAUCAUGAGUCCAUCAUACGACUCUAUGCAGCUUGGAUUGACAUUCACCGUAGAACUUUCAACUUCAUCACUGAAUUGGUUACCUCUGGCAACCUAAGAGAGUAUAGGAAGAAGUACCAGCGACUAGAUAUGCGUGCAAUCAAGAACUGGGCUCGUCAAAUUCUACAUGGUUUGGCAUACUUGCAUGAGCAUAAUCCUCCAGUUAUACAUAGAGACCUCAAAUGUGAUAACAUCUUCGUCAAUGGCCACCUUGGACAAGUCAAGAUUGGUGAUUUUGGCUUGGCAGCUGUUCUCCGAAAUUCUCAGCAUGCUCACAGUGUUAUAGGUACUCCGGAGUUUAUGGCACCAGAAUUGUAUGAGGAGGAUUACAAUGAAUUAGUAGACAUAUAUGCAUUUGGUAUGUGUGUCUUGGAGAUGCUAACAUCUGAGUAUCCCUAUAGUGAGUGCUCAAAUCCAGCACAAAUCUACAAGAAAGUGACUUCAGGAAAGCUUCCAGAGGCAUUCUACCGAAUUCAAGAUGCAGAGGCCCAGCGAUUUGUGAGGAAAUGCCUUGAGAAUGUUUCAAAGAGGUUGCCUGCCAAGGAACUCUUGCAUGAUCCAUUUCUGGCCUCUUAUGAAGAGGAUCUGCUGCCCCUUCCGGUAGUCCCAUGUAAAAAAUUAAGUCCUAAGGGGAUAGAGGCAGAGCUGGUGCCUCCUGUGGAGGCUGAUCUGACAAGGAAUACUUAUAUGUUGAUCACAGGCACAAUGGAUCCUGAAGAUGACACAAUUUUUCUCAAAGUACAGAUUUCAGACAAGGAUGGUAUGUGAUUUCCUUAAACUUGCAGUUUGUUCCAUAUGAAUUAUUGAAUUAUUUUAUGCAUUAAAUAAAUGCUAUGGACAUUUAUUUUUCGUUUGGUUUUAUGCUGUUAAAAUCCACUGCAGCUUCUAAGUUAUUGCAUGUGUUUAAAAUCAUUCAGUGCUGAUCUUUAUGUAAAUAAUGAGAAAUUUACUUGUAAUUUUUGCUUAUCUUUGGUAGUAUCGAUAAUGUUAUUAAAACAAAGAUUUCUAAUUUUUUCUAUGUUUUCUGAAGGAUGCUCCUAUUUAUUCAAGAAAUACAAUCUGAGAGAAAUUAUUCAAAGUGUCUUUGUUUCUUUUAGAUCUUUGUUGGUUCAGUCUAUGGCUUAGUUUGAUGGUGCUGGGCAGUAGCUGUAGGUUUUUUGGUCCUUUAUCAUCCCAAAAAUAUGUAAAAUAUAUUUAAUAUUUAUUU